AUGAUUGUUGUUGGCUACAGGUACUAUCAGAAUGUUCGAAAGGAAGGUGACCCACCUCUUCCGCACCCAGGUGACGAUGACGCCGAAGAAGGCGCGCAGUCACCACUCAGAGUGGUUAUGUACAAGGGACAGCGAAAAUCGGUUUUGCACAUUGGGGGUGAGAUCCCAAAGCAGGAGGUCUUGGACUUUUUCAAGCCAGUUUCCCAGGAUCUCACAAGGGUCAAGGCACCGAAGGCGGUUCCCCUUGUCUCAAACGCAUCUUUUCAGAAGGAUGUUCUGGCCGACAGCCAGCCAGGAAAACCGAUGGUGUUACUGCAAAUGUAUGAGGACACCUGCUUCCUUUGCUUCUUGAUGAGACCUUUCAUCAACUCCUUGGGUGAGCUCCUGCUUGAGAACAAGGCACCUUUUCGCCUGAAGAGGUUAAACAUUGAGAAGAACGACUUUCCGGACGGUUGUCCAGUUGCAAGAGGCGUGGCUGCUGAGUUGUCUGCGCGCUGGCAUCUCGCCUUGGGAGCUUCGGAGGCACUCCCACAUUUGCCUUGUUUCGCGGUGGGGAUGCUCCUGGUGAGAAGUGGGAGGAUGGUCGAGGGCCAAUGCGGAAGUUGUUUGGAGUUGAACGCGCUUGUUGUCAUGCCCAUCUCACACCAGGAGUUCAAGCCCAAGGACCUCUGUGAAAAGAUUACGAAGGUGGCCAUGCAUCUUCGCGAUGCCUUUCAGAAAAUGGAUGAGUUGCAAGCAAUGGUCCCGAGACGGUUCCAGCUGUUUACGCAACUGGUCAUGUGGUCGGUUGAGCUGCAAAAGCUGGAGUCUCCUCCCCAGCUAAAUGGGCAUGUGACGAACAGAAGUCGACAGCAUGACAGCGAGUUCAACUCUGUGCUUUCCAGACUAAUGGCGAAAGACAUGAGGCGUGUGGAUGGGCUUGUGGACAGCAUAGAGUUCCUGCAGCAUCAAGUGGAUGAGGUGUAG